UGACAAAGAAACUAGCAUCAGUAUAUUUAUGUUGCAUAUCAUUAACUGUGAAACACUUUCAGGUUAAGUGUAUAAGAGAGGUGUUCACAGAGGUCAAUUGCUUUGUCAAUACAAGUGAUCUCCUCCCAUUCCAAGCAAGCUACUAAAACUUCAGCAUUCAUUAUGUUAACAAGUAAUCCAACCCUGGCCAUGAAUCUAAGUCAAUAUAUUAACCAAUAUAACAAUUUAAACUCGGUGUGAUCUAUACUGAAUCACAGAUGUGUGAGAUUUGUGAAUUGUGCAGCAUGCUUGGUACAGCAUUGUGACUGUGUGAAGAUGACAGUUUGUAAAUAUAAUAACUGCCAACCCACAAAUUCAAAAGAAAGCAUAGGAAAAAAACAAAUAAAUGUGUCUUUACUUGCCUUUUCAAUUCUACAAAAAUAUAAACAAGAUAUGCAACCAUCUAUUUGUUUCCAGAAUAUUUGUAGAGCGGCAUUUCUGUAAAGACUCUUGUACAAUUGGCUGUUUGUGAGAGAUUAUAAGACAUUUACAAGUUACAGGCCAUAACAAUGAUCACAAGGUGUGUUAAAAAGCAACUUUGUGUGAGUAUAACAUUAACUCCCAGACAAGCCAUAAGCUUUUUUACAUUAAAAGUUGUUGUACAGAAGAGUAAUUUUAUUUCCACCUGAGGUAGAAUGUUGCUGCUGUUUGCUCUUACAUCAAGUGCAUAUGUUUAUCUGUUCCCUCGUUUGCUGCUUUUAUAAAAAAGAUAUUAACAUUUAUCCUCUUGACCGCCCUACAUCUAAGUGGUAUAUACUGUGUUUAGUCAAUGGCAUCAGAUUGUCUCUUCAAAAGUUGAUUGUCUUUAUAGCGGCAAAGGUAAAGCGAUGAAUUGGAGUUAACGUUAAAUUGGUAUUUAAUGGCAGACAGCAACCAGAGCUUUUCUCUCGGUGACACUUCCUAAAUGCUGUGUUCUCAGUCUCACUCUUCUCAAAAGGUUUCCCAGGAUGCAGCUCACUUAUGAGAAAGCAUGCAGUCCCAUAGGCUGCCAAGCAGUGGGGCUGGGAAGGGAAGCAUCAAGUGGCUCAAUUAGAAAUCAAUCAUCCACCCAAAGAGGAAGUCUGAAACUGGCAAAGCACUGAACACUAUCAGGGUUACCCAAAGACUGCAAAGCAAUAGAGGAUUGUUUGUCUGCACAAUGCUGGGAAAAGAAAACAAUGCAACUUCUAAACAGCAACAAUUGAGUGCAAUAGUAAAAGCAAAAAUACAAUUGUGAUGAAUAAACACUUAAAGUUUUUAACAUGAUUCAUAUUUAUUAGAUGGCGGUGCGAUUUUAAACAAAAUAAAUAAUGUGAUAUGCGAUACGAUAAUGCUUUAAGUCUGUAAAAUCAAAUGUAAAAAUCAAAAUAAAACGGAAACGGAAAAUUAUACAUCCAACAUACAUGUUUCAAAAUUCUUUUUAAAUAUUAAUCAUCUGUCACACAUCAGGCACAGUCGCUCUGUUAUCUGCAUCCACUUGAAACUUUGAUUAAACAUAACUUGUUAAAUUAUUUAGUUACUGCAAACCAUUGCGAUAUGCACAUUUGCAAUAUUUCAAAAAUAUCAUUUUUUUUUCAUUAUGGUGAUGAAAAUAGAAUGAGAAACAAAAUAAAAACAAGUAAGAAAACAACGAGACAAUGCAAAACAUGUUUUAUUGGCUUGGUAAAAUAUUCGCUUGGUUUUUAUUUUGUGAUGAAAUAUGACCUGGUUCUUGACAACUUGCUAUUAAUUUAAAUAGACAUUUAUCUAAUGCAUUACUAAUAAUCUAAUAAUACAGCUCAUUCUAAUAUUAUGUUCGUUAUUGUUAUCAUUAAACUAAAAAAAGAUUGUCUAAAAGGGCCAAUUGAACCAUUUGGGGUCCUUUUAUCAAAGGCAUUGAAGUGUGUUCUGGCUGCAGAGUCAGGCCUAAACCGGCUGCAUUGAUUGGCUGCUCGGCUCCGUGUGUGUGCAGCGUAGUAAAUGCGGUGCUCGGUGACACACACCGCCCUCCUCUCUCCUGCAGCUAGCGGGCGUAUGAAGCGGGCAGCCUGCUGGAAACCCCAUUAUUCCAACCCUCCGAACAUGUGCAUUCUUCUAGUCUCUUGAAACCGUCGUUGUCGUACGUCUAUGUGAUUUCCAGUUGUGCUAAUGAGCCUGCUAGGUGGCUACAAGAAAAAGAGCAGUUAUGAUGGCUACGAAUCUUUGCAGUUGGUCGAUAGCAGCGGAGACUUCUGCACCGGCGGCGGCGGCGCUUUGACGGCGGUAACACUCGGCAUCGGUAAAACAGGCCCCGCGCGACAGGACGACUACAGCACCAUGGACAGCUCAGGCCCUCCGUCUCCAGAUAUGGACGGAAACUAUGGAGGGGGACUUCUGGAUAUGGUUAAAGGAGGUGCCGGAAAGUUCUUCAGCAACAUCAAGGAUAACCUAAAAGACACCAUCAAAGACACCUCUACUAAGGUUAUGAAUCAAGUGGCCACGUAUACGAAAGGAGAGCUGGACAUUGCUUACAUCACAUCACGUAUCAUUGUGAUGUCAUAUCCUGCUGAAGUAGUGGAGAUGGGCUACAGGAACCACACAGAGGAUAUCCGCUCUUUCCUGGACUCACGGCAUGCCGACCACUACACUGUAUUCAACCUGUCACAAAGGAACUAUCGGGGCGCCAAGUUCUCCAACAGGGUGUCCGAAUGCAAUUGGCCUUCCCGACAGGCCCCGAGUCUUCACAACCUGUUUGCAGUCUGUAAGAACAUGUACAAUUGGCUCAAGCAAAAUCCCAAGAAUGUGUGUGUUAUCACCUGCUCGGAUGGUAGAGUUCCUUCGGGCGUGCUGGUCUGUGCCAUGUUCUGUUUCUGCCACCUUUUUGCCAACCCGGUGCCAGCCAUGCAGCUUCUUAGCGCCAAGAGGCCUGGAUCUGGCCUGUGGCCCUCCCACAGGAGGUACAUAGGUUACGUAUGCAGUUUAGUCUCAGAGAAGCCCACGGUACCCCACUCGAAACCGCUAGUCAUUAAAGCGGUCACCAUGAGUCCUGUUCCGUGCUUCAACAAACAGCGCAGUGGCUGUCGGCCAUUUUGUGACGUACUUAUCGGCGAGACCAAGAUAUUUUCUACAGCUCAGGAGUACGAGAGAAUGAGAGAACACCGAGUUCAGGAGGGAAAAGUUGUCUUUCCUGUAGGAGUGAGUGCCCAAGGAGACGUGGUGAUUUCUGUCUUUCACAUGCGCUCUCAUGCACUACAGGCCAAGGUAACAAACACCCAGAUACUCCAGAUUCAGUUCCAUACUGGUUUCAUUGCCCCAGGCACUACAGUCUUAAAGUUUAUUAAAACAGAGCUGGAUGCUUGUGAUUCUCCCGAGAAAUAUCCACAGCUGUUUCAUGUAGUAUUAGACAUCGAGGUGGAAAGCACAGAGAAACAGAAAGAUCUCACACCUCCAUGGGAGCAGUUCCCCACCAAAGAUCUGAGCCCUAAUGUGCUUUUCUCCUGUCAUCAAGAACAUCAGGACGCACUGGCCAUUGCAGAUCCAGCCCCAGGCCACGGAGGUUGCGGAGGCAGAGUGGGACCGAAUGAGGAAAGCGAACCCUCGGAUGAUGAGAUGCUCUCCAUAUCCAGCCAGCAGAGCAACACAAGCAACGACAAAACAAAAGCGGCCAAGAAACCAGAGCACCAGCCUGCAGCGGCCGCUCCUCCACCUGCUGAAGAAGUAGAUCUGCUUGGGCUAGAUGCGGCUCAGCCUCCUCCAUCUUCCCCACAACCUCCCACUACAAGCAGCACCACAGACCUGCUGGGAGAUCUGUUUGGAGCUCCGCCCACACCACAGCCGGCCAGCGGCCCAACCUCUGCUCAGUCAACUCCUCGGAGAUCCGCACCCUCUUCUUCACCCUGCCCGUCACCUCGAUCUGGAGACACUUUUGACCCGUUUGGGUCUGGCCCUGCUCCCGCCCCUAAGCCGCACGACUUCAUGGGGGCAUUCCUCGGUCCAGGUAAUAUGGGGCAGCCAGACCCCUUCCUGCAUGCUGCACGAUCUCCAUCUCCUACAAUGCAGAACAUGGGCAUGGGUCGAAGUUCACCUGUGCCCCCCACUACCCCCACUGUUAACAUUCAGCAGCAGAGCUCUACAGGAGCGUGGGAAUGGAACAAACAAGCACCUACAGGUGAAGGGUUUGGGAUGGGAAGCAAGUCCGCUAGCACCAGUCCAACUAGCUCAGUGCACAGCACACCCACCCACCAGGCCAAACCCAACACUCAGGACCCUUUUGCGGAUCUGGGUAACUUAGGAAGCAAUCUGGGAGGUGGAUCAGGAUUCUCCAGCAAACCCACCACGCCCACUGGUACAGGAGGAGCAUUUCCAGCCAUGGGCUCCCCCCAGCGUCCUGCUCCCUCUCCGCAGCACACUGCCUCUGGAAGCUGGCAUCCCGGUACAGGCUUUCCUUCAUGGCAACCUGGUGGUACGGGUCAGUGGCAACCUCCGAACCAGGGAGCACACCACCAGACCCCACCUAAGGCACCUGGACCAUCCAUGCCUCACACCUCUCCACAGAACAGACCAAAUUACAACGUCAGCUUCUCCAAUAGGGGCGGAGCAUCACCCGGGGGCACUGGAGCAAAAGCACAACCUAACAUGGGAACCAGGCCAAAGGUUUUGGAUGCUAAUUUCGAUGACCUGCUCUGUGGUCAGGGCUUUGCCGGGGGCAAGGACAAAAAAGGGCCAAAAACCAUAGCAGAGAUGAGAAAAGAAGAGAUGGCAAAAGAGAUGGACCCAGAGAAACUUAAGAUCCUUGACUGGAUUGAAGGGAAGGAGAGAAACAUCAGAGCAUUGCUCUCCACCAUGAACACAGUGCUUUGGGAGGGGGAGACACGCUGGAAAACUGUAGGCAUGGCUGACCUCGUCACACCAGAGCAGGUGAAGAAGGUUUACCGCAAAGCUGUGCUGGUGGUACACCCUGACAAGGCUACUGGCCAGCCAUAUGAACAAUAUGCCAAGAUGAUUUUUAUGGAACUUAAUGAUGCCUGGUCAGAAUUUGAAAGCCAAGGACAGAAGGCACUAUACUGAGACUUAAAAUCCAGAAGGUCAUCAAGGAAGACCCCAAAUCUAAAUAUGAUCGCAACCAGUCAACAGCUCCUUCCCACUUCAGAUGUCCCGCAACCCACCACAGCCCAUGAAACGCAUCUUCUGCCCCACCUCAACAUGUCACCUCCAGUAUAGUUGUUUGUCUCUCUAUCUAUUUAUCAGGUCAGAUCAUGCACUAAGCCAACCUAACCAAUGUUUUGAGAAGACCGCUAUUUAAAUAAUAGCAUUCGACUUUAUUCCAUAGCAUUUGAUCGCUGCAUAAAGUCAAGGUUGUGUCUUUAAACAGCUGUUAAAUAUAUCUGUAAAGUCAUCUCGGCCAUUGUUGAAUAUCUGAUAGAAAUGGAUAGAAUCUAAUAGAAAGAAGUACAAAUGCAGAGGAAUCUCGGAUGAGAGGUGAAGCACUUUAACAAAUAGAAAAACGUAUCCAGAUUCUCUAGGAUCCAUUUUUCAAAACACCUGUGAAAUAUGUAAGUGGGUCUCAGGUUUUUCCACUCCAGAGGUAAGAGGUUUAGGCAAAUAUGCACGAAUGAAAGAACACUUUUGAAGCCUUGCAUCAAUGUCUUGUAUCAUGUAACGUUAUUCUUUCGAAAGCUAGGAGUUUUACCAGUAGCCGUGCAUUGGAGUACAUACGUUUUUAGUGGGUAAAAGCACAAGGAAAAGACUAAGAAAUGUGCAUCAUGCAGCUAAUAAUGUACUGUUCCUUCUGAAUCUGUGUUUGCGGGUUGUCAGACUACAUUUAAAAAACAUUGAAUUUGAUCAGUGAAAAGCAGCAGAUGUACUUAGUAGAUUACUGAUCUGUCUGUAUAUGUUGCACUACAGUUUUCGAACAUGAACGGUUAAGAAAAUUUGUUUAUUUAUGUGGUAAAGUAGAUAGUAUGAAAAUGCAUCUUGAAGUAACUCGACAAGGCUUCCAUUCUGAUCUACUGUAUACAAGAUGAACUCUUAAUAUCGUCUCAACAUACACAAUUUAUGUUAACCUGAUGUAAUAUAUUUUUUAACUGGUUAACGGUGCCCUAAUGAAUUAAUCCCAUUCAUACAACAAUAUGUUUUUAACUUAUUUAAAUACAGAAACUGUUGCUUUUUUCAAGUACUUUUGUCUGCAUUCCACAGACUAUGUUUACUGAAUUGAAUUUGCGCAGUGCUUUUCGACUAUGUUCAUUUAUUCUGGAUUCUGCGUUUUUGAUGAGACUACUCAUAAAGAAUGUUAUUGAAAAUGGUUAAAAAAUGACAUCGUUUCAUUGAUCCAUAGGUGUCUUUUAAACCGAUUGAACAUAUCAUGUGGACCAUAACGUUCAUAUUUUCAACAGCUGGUUUUCCAUAUGAACUCUCAUUAACAUUAGGCAACAGCAGUGGAUCGAUCUUCAAAAUCCAGCUCUGUUUCGCCCAUCUUGGCAUCCACGUAAUGUACUGCAUGUUCGACUGUAAGCGGCACAUAGUCCAGCCGAAGUUUCUAGAGUGUUCAGCCACUAAUCUGCCCUUUCUCUUCUCAGUAUAUUUGCACUUGAAUGGCAUUAGGUAAAUACAGCACACACUUGUGCCGAAACUUGCAGUACCUGCUGUACAUCUCAUUCAUGCUUUCUCUUUUUGUGCUUUGGAUCACACAGUGAUCUGUUUGCCGUCAAUGAUCUUUCCCUUCAUACAGACCAGUGCUGAAGACUUCAAUGCACAUAAUGGAUAAAGACAACUAUCUUGAACUGAUGAUGCCGUGUAUCCACAAUGGAGCCCCAACCCUUGUGAACUGAGCUGUUUAGCUACAAACUUAGGAUAUCAUAUGUUCAAAAGCUAACCUCUGUAUACAGUAGUGAAUGUGUGGUGUUCUCAAUAAUGAUGUUCUCUGUAAGGAAGUGAUAAGAUUUGGAUACAGCUCUGUGUUUGUCUGCUGUAUCAGUAUUAUUGUGAGAUAAAUUUGUUUUGUGUCUUUUUUUUUGUUCUCCGUAUGGAUCUGUAUAUAUGAUGAUGUGUGUUGCGCAAAUAAAUGGGAAACAAAACGUG